CAACGGUCAUGUUACAGCAUUGUAUCACUAGCUGUCCUUGUUGCGAUGGCCAGCACAUAUACCACCAGCUGAGGUCUGCAGCACCAGACAGUUUUAUCAGUCUCCUCAGGAAACCAAAAAAUCAAAAACAUGGCUUCCCCUUUCUUCAAGUAUACUGUUUUUCUCCAGAAAUACCGUACUCCCAUCCUCAUCACUAGCUGCAGUGGGGUCUUUGCAGCUAAAAUAUUUUACCAUGUAUUCCCUGAUAUGUCGUACCGACCACUCUACCAGGCCUGGCACAAAGGACAGCCAGCUGUCCUCUCUGACAAGCUUGAGGAUGUCUUCCAGCAAGUGUUGAAGGACUAUGGUAUCAGCUCUCCCAGCAAUUAUUGUGCUUUUGCCUCCUUUGGGUUCCACCCGGUUGGAGCUGGCGUUCCAUGGCUUCCAGCGGGGUCCCAAAUCGGCAUUCCUGCCAACUUCAACAGCACUCCUGACGACAUGGGUGGAAUCACCAACCGCAGCAUUUUCAUCAAUGGCAAAACAGUGGAUUGGGACAGCGAUUCUGGCGGAGCCUUGAGGGAAGCACUGGUGUUCUCUCCCGAGGCGGUAAAGUUCAGCAUAGCACGGGAGGUGGCUCGUCUGCAGUCUGGAGGUCCAUUGUUGAGCGCCGGCGUUGCUCCGGUUUGCCUGGGUGGAGUGUGGGUGUACAGCAUCUUUCUGAAACAGAUAUUUGGGCUCUAUGCUGGGCCUGUGCUGCUCCGUGGUGCCGUGAACAUUUUGGCACUGGGACUCGGUGCCGUGUCUUACUUUAUGGCCUCAGACGCCGUCAGCCAGUGGGUGGACUACCGCUCAGACAAGCGUGCGGCAGGAGUGUCACAGGAGUAUGCCAAGGGAGGGGUGGAGUUCUACAAUAAAAUCCUGUGGAGGAACAGGACCUUGCGUUCACUGAUGGGGCAGAAGGGGGAGGAGAUGUAUGCGCCCAGUGGGAAUCUGUUCCCAAGCAAUCUCCUUCAGCUGAAGCACACCCCAUACACUUCCCGGAGGGACAACAUCCUCAGUCUGUUGAAGAAGGAGAAAGCAUGAACCAUUUUCAAUGGGGAGCGUGGUGACUGAGGUGUUUAGCUUUCAAGUAGACAUCUCUGCACCUCAUUGUAAGCAGUUUAAUGGAAAGAGUCCUCGAGGUGUGUUAAUAGUCAAGAUGUGUCCUGUUGGCUCAGCCAGAUGAGUUUGUAUCCUCUUGCUUCAGACCUGAUCACAGUGUUCUGAGUUUUGUCCAGCUUGGAAAACUUUUGCUGCAUGUCUUUCCCUUUCUCUCUCUGCUUCCUAUUUUUCCUGUCUCUCUCCACUAUCAUGUAUAAUAAAUCAAAAAAUGUGAAAAUUGAACAAAAUUAAAAAGA